AUGGAAAGUACACAAAAUCCAGAUAUUGUUUUUAUAACAGUUGAUAACGAAGAAGUAGAUACAAAAACUACAGCUGGUGUAGAACACGUUGAUGCAACCAAGAAUGAAGAAUCAACUUCAUUCAUUAGAAGGAAGAGAAAGAAGACUUCAGGAGUUUGGGAACAUUUUCGAAUGUGUCUAAAGGAAUGGAACAUUAAGACAAAGGUGGUGACUUUGACAGUGGACAAUGUUAAGACUAAUGAUGUGGUGGCUAGAAAAUUGAUGGAAAAUUUGAAUCUUCAGAAGAAACUUGAUGAUGGUCUUGGAGAAAUUGAAGACAUAAUUCAUAAUGUUCGUGAUAGUGUGAAUCAUGUCAAUGCCUCUCCGGGUCGAUUGUAUAUCUUUAGUGAACUCGCCAAACAACUUUCAAUGCCAAAAAAGCACUUGGUUUUAGAUGUUAGUGCCAUGUGGAAUGCUACAUAUGCUAUGUUGUCUACUACUCUAGAGUUCAAAGAAGUGUUUGUGAAUUAUGUCGAUCGAGAGUCUACAUACACUACUUUACUGAGCGAGGAAGACUUGAAAAAAGUUGAAGAGGUUUGCUCAUUCUUGACACUUUUCAAUGAAGCUACAAAAAUCAUUUUAGGUUCCGAAUAUCCUACAUCCAAUAUAUUUCUUAGCGAAUUGUUUGGGAUAAAAGAAGCAUUGGAUGCAGUAGUUUUAGGAGGAAGUGAUUACAUGGUAGUUAUGGCUAUGAAGAUGAAGAAAAAUUUUGACAAGUAUAAAAUGAAAUUGCUUGAGUUUUCUUUCAAUGCUAUUUAUUCACAUGAUGAGGCUCCGAGAGAAAUGCAAAUAGUUCGAGAUAUUUUAUAUGAGUUGUACCAAGAAUAUGUUGAGGCUCAUAAAGCAACAAAUGUUGUUUCAUCUACUGGAAAUGAUGGGAUUCAAGGUGUUAGUAUUGAUGGUACUUCUAAGAGUAGUGUUAGCUCCUUAAUUAGUCGGUUUGGUAAAUGUAUUAAAAUUGGCACAACUAAAUAUGAUCAACAUAUUAGAAGUGUCGAUACUUUUACAUCUGUCAAGUCAGAAUUGGACACUUGUUUGGAGGAAAGAGUUUUAAUUGGUGAGCCUGGUGUAUAUUUUGAUGCCCUCUGA